AUGCAUACCUUCUGGGAGCACAAACCUGUCCCAACGCACAACGACCUCAUGCCAAGAGCAGCAGCCCCUGCAGACGUCUUCCUGGACGUCCUCGACACUCCCAUUCCAUGUAUUCGGUGCCGGAUGCAGUCGCCCCAACGCUGUCCAACACGGAGCUUCUCCCCCGAGUACGCAUACGAACGACACGAAGUCUCGCGGCGUGCCGAGAGCACAAGAACGCGCAGAAGACAAACCGUCUCGCAAGGCACAGACGACAUUCGUCGAUGA